AUGGGGGAAUAUAGGUCAGGCCUCGAUACUCCGGCCAAUGAGCUUGCAGCUCGCGCGGUCACGUGGGUUUGUUGUUAUCUGUCAGCUGUUCCCGAGCCCCCGGCCGGCCGGUCGCCGGUGAAAUUUCGCAGGAGAAACAAACUUCACGUCGUGGCGGACGGAGCUAGCGGCGGCGCGUGGCAACUCGACAGUUGAUCUUUUUUUAAAAUUUUUUUUUUUCCGUUUCCUCUCUACCUUCUGACACUGAUCGUACGGGCACGCGCCGGGUCUCGCAAAGGAUUGUUUUUUUUUUUUCCUCUCUUUAUCCGCUGACUAUGACGUCGCACGUUUCGACGUGUCGUCGUCGCAGUUUACGUCCCAGGGCGUUGUUCGCCACGACGAAGGAUCUGCAACGGAAAGAAGAAACCCGUCUGAAAGAACGAUGCGGUGCGGUGAACAGUGCGACGUUAUGAAGUGGCUAACGAAUGGUCGCCGGUUCUGAUACGUCAACUCUGUGAUUCCUCCGAGAGAGAGGAAAAAAAAGUGUUUGUUAUUUUUUUUUAAGGUGUGUUAGUGUUUGUUUGUUUUUUUUAAGUUGGGAUUUUUUUUUUUUUGGACUUUUGUUUUCGAUCAAGUGCGGUAAUCUGUAAGGGACUUUUAGUUUGCGGAUCAUUUGCGGCGGUCUGUAAGGGACGUUGUUCCGUGGAUUGGCGACGAUGUCGACGGGCAAGCGCCUGGCCAAGCGGUCCAUCAUCGGCACGCGGGUUUGCGCCCCGGCCGAGGACGGCAAGUUCUACGCGGGCGUGAUCCACGCGGUGAAAUCGGCGGGUGGCGAGGCUCGCUACGCCGUGCGCUUCGACAAGCACCGCGCGGCGUCGGCGCGCGAGUACCGCGAGGCGGAGUUGGUGGGCCCGGGCUUCCAGCCGGUCACCGGCUUCAGGCUGCAGCCGGGCCAGCGGGUGUACCUGACGUACAACGGGCGCGAGGUGGCGGGCGACGUGCGGCAACACCGCCCCGCCGUCGACGAGGUGGUCGUGAGCGUGCAGCCGCCCGGACACGAGGAGUCGCUGGAGCUGAGGAAGCGGCUGGAGGAGGUGCGACUGCUGGAGUCCAGGAAGUCGGCGCGCCUCAUGGACCAGGACACGGACUUCGCGCGGCUCGCCGACAUGGCGGGCGACCGCAAGCGCACGUCAUCGCACUCCAUCGACGUCCCCGCCGUGCACGGGUCCAGGAAGCGGAGGCCCAGCUUCUCGCUGGACGACAAGGAGGACUUCAUGGACGAGUGCACGGCGGCGCUGGUGCUCAUGUCCUUGUCCUGCAGCCCGCACUCGCCCCACUUCAACGGGCUGUGGCGCGCGCUGCUAGUGACGCCCUCCGCCUGCCUGUUCGCAGGGGAAGCCUCGUGGGAGCACCUGACGCCCAGCCCGGGUAGCGACGCGCUGUCGUGGCGCAGCGCCACCCCCUCUCCCCCCCUCAGCGAGGGGGGAGCGUCCACGUCCACCUUCUGGUCGCAGGUCACCACGGACGAGGGCAUCGUCAUCGACGACUACGACGAGCUGCCCAGGAAGAAGAAGGUAAGUCGGUGACUAAGUAGUUAGUCGGCGAGCGGUUAAAAAUCAACAUCAUAAACAGGGGCAUGCAGAUUUCGCGAAAAAGAUCUGAACACAUAUUACACUGCAACAAGCUAUGCCCCGCGCCUGUGGUUUCUUCCUUGUGAUUGUGGCGGCCGUCUGCGAGAGAAGAGCCGUUGCCUCAUUUGACCGAGGCCACUCGGGGACGCGUUUGCUUCCGCGCUGAAUCACUAUGAUUGGUGUUGUUACAAUCGAUAUGUAGGUACCUGAAAGAAACUCACCCAAUCACGAAACACAGACGAUGCUACAGCGUUUUAACUUUCAUCUAGUCCCGAAAUCUUUUCGCGAAAACGCCAUGCCCCUAAUUAUUAGAGUCCCGGAAACUUCGCGGAUUCCUCUGGCCUCAGGAUAGAAUUCAAAGUUAUAGGUGUGCUCGAACCAUGUUUACUUUCCCAUUGGUUGAUUUCUUAGCGAGAAUAUUUUUAUCCUUGUUAUUUGGCACUACCUGAUUCGCUUACUUCUCUCCUAGCUGGACAUCGUUGGCUCACGGUCGUAGAGGGGCGUGUCCAGAUAACUGCGAUCCAAUCAUGAACACAGUGCGAGAGUGUGAAGGUUUGCAUUCUAGCUUGCGAUUAAAUGAAUCCGCGAAAUUUCCGUGGCUCUACUAAUUAUAAAUAGAGACCUGCAAAAUUCACGGAUUAAUUCGGUGAUAGGCUAGAAUUCAAACACACAUACCUCUUAGAUAAUUUGCUGUUGGCUUACUGUUCAUCUGGACGAAACUCAACCAGUUAUAAACCCUCAACCAAAGAAGGAUCAAAUCACAGACAAACCAGCUGAGACGACUUACAAGUCGGCAGCCAAUGAACUUGCGCUAUUUGCCCGAGUGCACAGGGGUUUGUGCAGUCUAUCCUGAAGGCCAUCGAAACCGCGAAUUUUGCAGGUCUCUAAUUAUAAACUUAACACGUUGGAUUUAAACAUCUUGUUCGAGUUCCACCCCCUCCCCCCCUCUAGUAGUUACGGCCCACCCAACAACAGAUAGCCCACACAACGUUUCGCACAAAACAUGUUUUUAGUUCCCACUGUUUUUUAUGGUCUAAAGGAGGUGUUACCGACGAUUUAGAAACGUUGGUGUGCCACUAGGCACUAGGCCUUCUUAAUCUUUUAGUUUUUAGAUAUUAAUAUCUAAGCGAGGUUUUUUUUUAAAUUUAAGAAAAAAUUUUUAAAAACGUCUAUUGCGAAAUGGCAGUUUUAUUUAUAACACUUAACUUUGAAAACAAACAAUUUAAAUUGAGUCCAAAAAUCAAGAUUCAUAAAAAAUCAGAUCUUUGUAUUGGGAAACUCAUUGUUGUUUGUCCAUUAUCAAACUUUCAAUAUAAGGGUCAGUGGAACUUAACUAGACAGCAUUUGAUCACGUACCACCUGAAAUGUUGCCACGUAACACUAUUACAGUCGGUUGGGAAACCCUGGUCUAAAUUACUUCCCAAAGCUGAUAUACGGUUUUUAUUUGGAGCUGAAUCAUUUUUUUUAAACUCCAAAUAAUAAAGUAUUUAAGUUGGAGUACUAAUCGUUGGGAUAAUGUUUCACUAAACAAAUCUCUACAGCAACCGCAAAACGUUUCGCUGUCGUAAAGUGAUUUCAUUAAAAUAAAAUAAAAGGUAACACCCUUAAUUUUCAAAAUAUUUUCCGUUCUCCCCCUGAAGCUAUGAAAAAAUUUGCUAAAUUUCCGUGAAGAUAGUGUGUUACUGCAUGGGCGUAGCCAGGAUUUUUGGAAGAGAGGGGUCGAAGGAAGCUAUAAGAAUAUAUUUGCGAUAGGCCUGUUUGUGGAGUCUGGGAGGGGGAAAUUAUAUAUAUAUAUAUAUAUGAUCCUUGAAACUGCAUUUUGAAGCUACCCAAGGAAACUCAGGUGAUUUUAAAAAUAUUAAAUGAUAGGUAUAGCUUUACAUUGUCAUUGCUUAUGAUCGAGUAAUUACCUACAUGUGUUUAAAGAGAUAGCUUAUCUCUAACUUUGCGUAUUCAGUGACCACAAAUUGAACUAUGCAUCAUUAAUUUUAAGCUGGUUAAUAAGUUGCAUUAUUAUUGAGAGAAAGUAAGCUUUAUAGGUGGGCAUGGUCCUUCCCUGACUAAGCCCUUGUGUUACUGUGUGAGAAGCCAUGUUUGUUGCCUGCGGCUACUACAGCAGGCCCUUGUGUCAUGUCAGAUUCAAUAGUAAGUAAUAUAAAUUUUUUAACACACGAAAAUAUUUUUUUCUGUGUCCACUACUGGUAUAGAAGGAUGAAAAAAAACUUUAAUAUUUACAAGUUUAUGGUCUCAAUAAACAUCAAGUUUUGUAGUUAUAUUUAGAACUUUUGAUGCGGAAAAAAAUUGACAUAUGAAAUUGUAUGUUUAAACAAACAUAAAUUUAAACUCCGAAAUAAAAAAUUAAAUUCAGGAUUGAGUGGAGAUAAUCUCCCCCCCCCCCCCCCCCCCCUCGUUUUGGCACCGUUCUUUGCUUGGGUGGCGGAGCUUGGAAUGAGAAGCUGUAAGAAGCUUUUGUCUCGUUCUGAGCGCAUUUCCCACCUGAAACCAACAUUCGUCAACCCCCCCCCCCCCCCUUUUCCUUUUUAACCACUCUAUUUAGCUAUUUGCCUAGGACUAAGAAAUUGAUAGUGUCCAACGAGGUAGUCGAAGGUCAUAUACGGGGAAUCUUAGAAAGUUUUUUAUUAAAAUUACUGAAAUAUUAAGCAACAUAUUGCACUUCAGGGGCAAUUAAUGUCAACUGAUAACAUUUGGUUUAGAGUUGUUUUUUUUUUAAAUUUCCCUCAAAUAUUUUUGAAACUCUGUCCUCAAAUUUUGUUCUUAAUGGCGCAACUCACCCCAUAACCCCCCGCCCCCCUCCUUUUCUCAACACCCUGGUCGGUCCUGCGUUGUGAGACACACACAGUUCCUUCCAGUGACGCUUCAGAGAGUUGGCUGAAGAUGGACCAAGAGGACUCAGCAACGAUAGCAAGUACAAACAAGUUUUGGGAAUAAAUAUAGUAAAAUAUAAAAGAAUUGAUGACAGUUACAAAGUUCACUAUACGGUCACUCAGGAAUUCACAGGCUUAUUUCGGCUGAAGAUACAUCAUGGAAAAGAAAGCUGAAAACAUAUUUUACAUCUUAUUAUGGUCUAAAGAACUUCCCAAUACUGGUAUACGCGUUAGAAUGAGCUGAAUAUUUUUUUUUAAAUUACAAAUAAUGGAGAAAUCAUUUAAGAUUACAGAUAUUUGUACAUUUGUACAUCUAAAUGAAAACAAUUGUAUCACUAAAAACAAAAUAGUGUUCGCAGUAAUUCUGAGUUCGGAUUCUUACCCGAGCAUUUAUUUAUGCUCCGCGUUGUCCCAGUACCUCCAAUAGUUAAAAUUAUUUGUAGGGCCUAAACCGUUUUCUGAAUCGCCUUCCAGUAUCAACAACUGCGCACAUUAACGAGCAUAAUAAAGCAAGAUAAAGACAAAUGAUUGAAUAUUCGAUUAUUUUUUACAUGUUUUAGAAAAAAAAAAUAUUAUGCUUGAAAAUGAAACAUCCGUUAAAAUAUUAAACUAGCGCCAAUUUUCGUGAGAAAUGCUGAGUAUCAUCUCGAGAAACGUAUUUCACACAUGCAAGAAUAACCAUAGUCAUGUGUUGCACAAAGUUGCAAUAUCUUUCUUGAAGUGUUCCAAAAGAAUCUUUGUAAAGGUAGAGAUAAUUGUUUUUUUUUUCCUUGCGCGCGGUUUUCGUAAACAAAGCGAGCGGCGUAGCGCGGGGCUACGACGCAGCUGGCCGCGUAGCUCCCGCCGUGGGCGCGCGUUUGACGUCACGCGCCAUGCUCCUUCAAGGCUGGUCGCAGCUCUCGGAGAAAAGGAAAAGAAGGAAGAGAAAAAAAAAGCACACGCAGAUACGUCUCCCCGCCCCUCGCUGAAGCCGACAGCGCAGUCUCAGCUCGUGGCCUCGGACACAACCGCGCGCGUUCGCCAGCCCACUUGACGGCGUUUGAAGCUGCGACCACUCAGGGCAGGGGACGCACCACAACGCCGAACGUACAAUAACGCCGAAAACCAUAACGCCGAUUGCCAAAUUGACUACAACGCCGACAGCUAGAAAACUGCUGUGUACCACAACGCCGAAUUACCACAACGCCGAAAUACAUUAACGCCGAAAAAUGUCAUUGCAGGCCUGCCACAAAGGUUAGGUUAGGUUAGGUUAGGCUAGGUUAGGCUAGCCUAGGUUAGGUUAGGUUAGGUUGUGGUAUUUCGACGUUAAGAUACAUUUAAGAAACACACACAAAUUCAUUCAGUUGUUUUUCAUUUUGCUCCUGUGGCCCCCCUCCCCGCAGCAUCAUUUUUCGACGUUGUGGUAUUUCGGCGUUGUGGUACACAGCAGCCCUCAGGGCACUGUGCUCGCUACGUUCACUACGAGAGUAAAAUAUAGCCAGCUGCACCUCAGGUGUCUUCGCUAUGUUGGUGACGUCGCCAGGUGUCUGGUUCUCGGAUACUUUUCUAAAACGCCGCUGACUUCGCGCAUGCGCAGAUAGACUUCACCCGAAAUUUUGGCUGUACGUCUGCGUUUGAUUUUUAUGAAGUUCAAUAUCUCUCAGUAAUGGGCUUUAAAUAGUCAAGUCGAUGGAGGAAUGCAGAAGGCAGGAUAUGUAGGUCAAUGCCUUAGUUGAAUUUAUUCUGAAAUAAUCCAUAAAUUUGGUUUCGUCCUCACAAGCAACUGCUUCAUCAAAUGAUGAAAUUCUUCAAAUAUUCUUUUGUUUUUUAAUCACAUUCAUGAUCCCAUUUCUUUUUACGUUCACAUGCUGUCAGACCAAGAAGAAUAUUAUCAUCGUCGAAAUCGUCAUUCGAAUCCCACGGCAUGCGUGAAGAACUAGACUAUCCUGUCUGUUGACAACUUGGCGCAGCGAACAUAGCGAACAUCGCGAACAUAGCGAAGCUUUCUGUGUGGCCUCGGCCUCGCCUACCCAGGCACACACAAACACAGUCUGUGCAGAGCUUCAGGAAAUAAAAGUUCAGUCUUGUCUAGAGUGACACCAUUCCCCGAAACAAUCUUGGCUCUACUGGCGGUGGUAAUAAUACCCUUGUCACUUCCAAAGUGCUGGAAGAAGAUCAUCGGCGUAAGCUUUCAGCCGAACCUUCCUUCCAGUUAAAAAUAUAAAAAAAAAUAAUGUGGCUGUUAUGUUUGAAGGUGACUGACGCAGGCGCUUAUUCUACGACGCAGCCACCGACGUCACGGGAGGAAACACCUUGGAAAAUUCUGCGGAAGGUUUGAUUGGCCGCGGGAGCAGGUGUAAGGGGGAAGGCGGUGACGUUUCGGCAUCUCUGUCGCGGCCCGUCGUGAAACAGCUGUCCGCCGCCGCGACCCUCCCUCCCUCCCUCCCUUCCUCCGUCCUUUCCUCCCUUCUCAGGGUCGCUUCCGGUAAGCCUUGGCCUUCCGGCCGCCCGCGCAGGAGAACGCGUCGUAAAAACCAGUUGCGGGUCUUCCCACAAGGCGCGGCGGGCGUGUGUGCGUGAGCGGGGGAAGGGGGAGAUCGCGUUUCAAGGUCACCGCGGCACGCGGCCGGGUAGGCCUCUGAAGCAGCGGCUUCCUGAAGGUUUUCCUGUGGCAGGGUCACAAGGGCUCCGUGAGACAGCAGGCACAAUCACUGACAAAUAACUUUCCUUGAAGGAGUUGUGGCUCCGCCAAAAGAAAAGUCGAUCAUAGUAUUCCCUGGCCGAAAAAAAAAAAAUUGGUAGGGACCGGAAAAAUUCGCGGGUUCAAUUACCUGCAGGAUGAACUGCAUGUUCUACGUACACUCGGUCAAAUGCCCACCCACUCAUUGGCUGCUGUCUUGUGAGACGUCCCAACGUAGCAGCAUGUGAUUCGAUAAAGCUUUGGUUGGGUGUUUCUCAUUGGCCCAGAGUCAUCCAGGUGAGGUAUAACUAUUUGUAUUUUAGCCUAUCGCGAAAUGAAUUCGCGAAUAUUUCCAGUCUCUAAAAAUUGGGAACCGCUGCUCUAGUACACACGCGCGUCCCCAGAACUGUGACAUUUUCAAGUUUCUAGUUUGGUAAAUUAAAAUAAAUAAAUACAGUUAUUGGAAAAGUCUACAACUAGACGAUGCAACCGUGCUUCGCAACGCCAGUCUACAGGCAGAACACUCUCGCACUGAUCGUUCACACGAGCCCGCUCGUCGUGUGUACGCCACUGCCCCACUUUAAACAAAACAAAACAAAAUGUGAACGGGGUGGGUCCUUCAGUAAAUGUCAGAGAUGUGUAACAUCUAACCUCAAUAUCGAGCGUAUUCACGUGUUCUCGUGUUGCAGAUACACUUAUAAUUCGCCAGUCACAAGUAGUUUCCCCACCCGCCACUAGAAUUCGUUGCCGGAGCAGCUAUUUUGACUAUCGAAUCAUUCGAUUUGCAGAGCGUAAUUUUAAACUAUAUUUUAAAACGGUUUCUAUAAAAUCGAAAAUAAAAUACCUUGGUAAAAAAGUAAAUCCCAGCUUUGGACCUGAUAUUCGACAAGCAAUUUUAUUACAAUACUCUCCCACUGUUCGAAUAUAAGACGGCCAUAUCUGUAGAACUGUUAUUAGGUGGACAUCUGAUAAAAUAAAUGCUAAACUGCUGAUGCAUUAGGUAGGCACAUGCAGCGCUUGUUCGUAAAGGCACUCUAAGGCUUGUUCUACAAUGGCACGGAAACGUAAUAAAACCGCAACGAAUGAUAUUGAACUCUACUGUUACCAAAAAUUAAUUAAAUUGAAAAAUUUUUCGAGGGCCGAAAACAAAAAACAGUCUGGAUUUACAUGUAUAUUAAAAUUAACUCACAACAUAAUGAUAUAACACUGCAUAUUCUUGUACUUGAAACAAAUUUUCACGUAUUUGAAACGUAAUUAAACAUGCCUACCACUGCGACAAAAUACUCUGCUUCUAUUGGUCAUACGUAGAUACCGGAAAAAUUCGCGAAUUCAUUUCGCGAUAGGCUAAAAUACAAAUAGUUAUACCUCAAUGCUGCCUCUGCCAUUGGCUCACAACUCACCUGGAUGACUCUGGGCCAAUGAGAAACAUCCAACCAAAGCUUUAUCGAAUCACAGGCUGCUACAUUGGGACGUCUCACAAGACAGCAGCCAAUGAGUGGGUGGCAUUUUACCGAGUGCACGUAGAACAUGCAGUUAAUCCUGCAGGUCAUUGAACCCGCGAAUUUUUCCGGUCCCUAGUCAUACGUAGGGGCAUGCAGAUUUCGAAAAAAGAUUUCGAGACUAAAUGAAAGUUAAAACAUUGUAGCAUCGUCUGUGUUUCGUGAUUGGGUGAGUUUCUCCCAGGUACAUAUCGAUUGUAACGACACCAAUCGCAGUGAUUCAGUGCGGAAGUAAACGCGUCCUGAGUGACUCGGUCAAAUUAGGCAACGACUUCUCUCGCAGAAGGUCGCCAAUCACAAGGAAGAAACCACAGGUGCGGUUGUACCUUGUUGCAGUCUAAUAAGUGUUCAGAUCUUUUCGCGAAAAAUGCCUGCCCCUAGUCAUACGGAGUAACGUAAAUACGGAGGAGCUGGGCAUUGCCGUGUCUGCAUGCGUGCCAUUGUAGAUCCUUCUUUUCGUGAGAUCCGUCUCCGUUUGCUUGAUCCGUCGGCCGUUCACGUGUCAUUGGAGAACAGUCCUAAGAGUGUUAUUUCGCGCGUCAAAGACACGCCAAUCACCGUCGUUGGGAACUGUUUGCCUGCCUCGCCAAACAAUCGAACGCGACAGUUUAAACGUGCAGCAUUAUCUCUCGGGCCGUGUUAUUACCCCCCCCCUCCCCCCUCCCCACAAAAGGGAGCGUGGCUCCUUUCCGUUUCGCAACGCGCGUGACCGCGAUCGUGCGCGCGUACGCCCCGCGGGAGGGGGAACAUUUCGACAUGAGCAGAUCUGCCCCCUCGCGAGCUAACGUUAGAAGGGCGGGGUUGAAUACGCGACGUUUUUCACGAGAUUAAGAUUUUUUUUUUGUAUCUGACCCGUUCUGCGUUCUUGUGUGCUAUCUCUGAUCGCGGCAGCAACAGUUGGUUAGUGUGGUGGGGAGGGGAGUAGCUGGUUACCCUUUUGUGCCUUGCGAAAGCGUAGGGGACGACACAAAAAAUUUAUUUUGCGCAGUUGUCUUGAUAUUUUAUACGUAGCGAUUGUUGCAUUUUUACAAAUAUAUUUUUCCUGCUAAUGUACAUAGUUACAAAACCUCUUACUCCAUCGGGCGCUAGAAUCAUUUAUAAACAUGGCGCAGAUGUGUUUUUUUUUUAGAUGAAUAACGCGCGGGAAAAAAAAAAUUAUCUUAUAACUGUAGGUAGAGAACGGAAGAAUUCCUGGCAGACGCCAUAGUUCUAAACUUACUAAUUUGAUGUUUGUUUUAAAAAGAGUUGUAAGUGGUUCAAUACUUCUAUAGUUGAGCUUUUUUCCAUUGGCUGUGGGCUGUGGGCCAAUCCUAGUUUUAGCCAGAGGGGUGAAGUUGUUUUAAUUUUAAUCUGCCAUUAGAACCGUGUGUUUUUUUUUUGCGAAACGCUCAUCAGACUGUAUUCAAUAACCAAUAAGGUAUGCCCACGCCAGAGUUGUUUUUUUUUUUUUCGUGAUUGGCGGCCAUUGCUUUAUUUGGACCAGGCCAUUAAGGACGUGUUUGCUUCCGCAAGGAAUGACUGAGAUUCGUGUGUCUUCAGAAGACUUUAACCUGAAAGAAAUUAUAGCUAUCAUAUCACGAAACACGUAAGAUUCUACAGUGUUUUAAAAUGCAAAUUUUCUCGAAAUAUUUACGUGAAAAUAGCUAACAUACCUGUCAUCAAAUGAAACAGGUAUUUUUUCUUCUAGUUUUGGAUGUUUUUUUUUCGAACCCAACAAGGCACAUAUUGAACCCAACAAGGCACAUAUUGAAGAUCUGAGCGCAGAUACGGUGUGUAGAGCUUCAGGAUAAAAACUUGUGAUAUUAAAACUGCUCAAGAUAUUAGAAUGGUGUAUGUUUACGAUUAUAUAUUUGGACGGUGUUAUGUAAAAAUGGUUCAACCCACAAACAUUUUCAACUGAGUAAAUUGAGCUCAAAGUUGAACACACAAUAACCGGUAUUGUGGCAGUGUAUUGAAUGUUUGGUCGCAAGAUGGCAUAAUAGCAAGGAAUGUCAGUUGUCAGCUCAAUUAAAAGUGUCAUUUUACCUACACAAUUAUUUCAAUAACUAUUUUUUUUCCUUUUGUUGGUUAACUCAUUUGUGCAUAACACCAUCCAUUUAAGAGUGCGGCGAGGGCGUAUGGGUGGUUCUGUUUUUUUUUCGUAUUUCGUUUCUGAACUGUAAUUUUAGUAGAGUGAAUAUUGCAUUAAGUGUGUUUUCAGAAUAGUUAUUUGAGGCAUAAAACAUUUUUUGAAAGCACUCGAGGUACACCUCCCUGUAAUUCCAUGGUCACCAAUCAAACAUCAUAGUUGCCCUGCGCACUACGAGAAGCCUGCGCGCCAGUUCAGAGCCAGUACCAGCGAGCGUCGCACGUAAAACAUCCCGCCCUUAUUUCCUGAGCGUUCAAUCAUCUUUCCUUUGUUCAGAAGGCUCGUCGUGAGCUCGCACCAAUGCUCAGACUGUUUGCUUAUCAGACAACACUGCGACACAGUGUGCCGCAAACUGUAUUGUCAUCAUAGCAGUUGCGGGCCUCGUGGUCCGUAUGCCAGAACAAAGCAUCGAACCAAGGGCCCGCGAAGAGUUCCAGGCCGCGGAUUGCCGCCCACUACCUCUUGUUUUAAAAUAGAGUUUAUGUGUGGAUGUCUGUGAAAAUAUGAUGCUGAGUUACUUCUAUAGUGUUGUUUAACUUGUAUCCUUUGGUGGGGGCGGUCGGGGCUUUAAAAAACCUACCAAAUACUGCGUGCACUACGCACCGUGUUUACCGUUCCGUCCUUCCCUUCUCUCCUUUCCAACCUCCUUUCCUUCGCGACAGCGGACAGUCGAGCGAAGAAGUAGGUCGCACGCGCGCCCUUUUUUUUUUCGCGACGCGACGUGAAGUUACGUGGCCGCGUCCCAAUUCCCACUGCGUCGAGGGGUUCAUUACUGGAAGAAGGGGAGGGAAGGGGUCGCAUAGCGGGCCGAGGAAGGCCUGGCAUUGCGCAUGCGCGCGAGGUGUUGGCGACUGCAGCGCCUCUCGCGGCGGCCGUGGCGGGCGAAGGUUUUGGAUCGGCAUGCGCGGCGCGUCGCUUCCGCGUUGGACCACGGUCAAGGCUGGGAGCGAGGGUAACUGACGGAGCCGCGAUUAUCUAGCGGGUUCGUCGAUGUACGUCCGCCUCGCGUUGAUGAUUGGCCUUCAGGUGCUCUUGACGACUCUGAGCCAGUCAUAAACAAGGAGAAGUUCAUUGGGGUAGAUCCCUGUGGGGGGAUGGAGGGGUAGCCCCCCUCCUGGAAUUAAGAUGCCCUUCACUGGAGGGCCCAUUUGCACUUGCGAAUUUGUCCGUGAAACGGGGUUAAACGUAAACGUCAAAACUACGUUUCAUGGAAAACUUUCUGUGUAUAAAAAUAGUUAAAAAAUAGUGCAAAUAUAGAAAGUACUGAAGUUCUCACGCAAACAGUUGACAAGCAAGUAAGAAAUAAGUAAUAAAUAAAUGCUAAUGAAAGUCAAGAGUUAAAAAGGAAAAA